AUGCGAUCGAAUCCAUAUAUACCGUUAAUCGCUGCCUUAAUUGCCUUACUUUGUAUGGGUAUAGUGGUAGGCACUAUUGCUGUUGGUCUCAUUCCAGUAUAUUUGCAACAAAAGGGAGAUGAUAUUAGCGUCGGUACUAACUCUAAUCCACAAGUUUACACUUUGAAUUAUAUAACAAAUUCAAAAAAUCCAACUUCAUACUCAAUAGAAGAUAUGAAUGCAUUGAGUGCACAACUGAACCAAGCAUUGAAUCUAAAGGAAUUGGUCACGAUGGCAGCUAAAUAUGUACCACCAACAAGCAGCAACAGAAAGAAAAGAGCAGCAACUGAAUGUGCAAAGGGGCAAAAUACAAAAAAUGGUAUAUUUGAAAUGGAAUUCCGAAUUGACUAUUCCAAAGCGUGUCGAACACAAGCGUGUCAACGAAAAUUGGAUGAUCAAGUUAAUUCACACAUUACAAGGCUUUUCUCAUCAAUUCAUAUAUCAGUUAAUUUGCCUAAUGGUACUUCAAUCAGUUUUUCAUUGAGUUUCUGUUCGCUGAAAUCAGCUGUUAGUACAGCCACAACACAGCAAACUUCAACAACCUACACUCCCAAUCUGCCUAGCUCAACUACAUCGACAACAUCAACGUCAACCACUGCAUCGACAACAUCAACGUCAACCACUGCAUCGACAACAUCAACGUCAACCACUGCAUCGACAACAUCAACGUCAACCACUGCAUCGACAACAUCAACUACUGCAUCGACAACAUCAACGUCCACCGCUGCAUCGACAACAUCAACUACUGCAUCGACAACAUCAACGUCAACCACUGCAUCGACAACGUCAACUACUGCAUCGACAUCAACAUCAGCAUCAACAUCAACAUCGACAACGUCAACCACUGCAUCGACAACAUCAACUACUGCAUCGACAACAUCAACGUCAACCACUGCAUCGACAACAUCAACGUCAACCACUGCAUCGACAACGUCAACUACUGCAUCGACAUCAACAUCAGCAUCAACAUCAACAUCAACAUCGACAACGUCAACCACUGCAUCGACAUCAACAUCAGCAUCGACAACGUCAACCACUGCAUCGACAUCAACAUCAGCAUCAACAACAGCACCAUCAUGUAAUGACGGAAUCAAGAAUAAUGGUGAAACAGAUGUGGACUGUGGUGGGACACAAACACCCCGUUGUUAUAGAUGUGGUGUCGGUAAAGCAUGUACGCAAAAUGCAGACUGUGGUACCAGCCACUGUGGUUCAUCGAAUCUAUGUGUGAAACCAUGA